AUGCAACAGCAACAGGAACUGAAAUACUCAAAAACUUAGUGCUACCAGGUAUUGGUUCAUUUACAAUUGUCGAUGGGAAUCGGGUCUCUGGAGAAGAUGUUGGAAAUAAGUAGUUUCUUUCUACAAAAAAGCCAUAUUGGUCAGAAUCGUGCCCAGAGUGCCACUGAGCUCUUGCAAGAGUUGAAUGGUGAUGUUUCGGGAAACUUUGUUGAAGAGAGUCCAGAAAAACUUCUAGACAAUGACCCUUCCUUUUUUAAUCGGUUUAACUUGGUGGUUGCAACACAGCUACCAGAAAGUACAUUGCUGCGCUUGGCUGAACUUCUCUGGAAUUUUAGCAUUCCUCUGCUGGUCUGCAGGACUUACGGACUGGUUGGUUAUAUGAGAGUCGUUAUUAAAGAACAUACAGUUGUUGAAUCUCAUCCUGACAACACAUUAGAAGAUCUGAGACUGGACAAACAAUUUCCAGAACUGAGGGAACACCUUCAGUCUUAUGACUUGGAUCAUAUGGAUAAAAAGGACCAUAGCCACACUCCAUGGAUUGUGAUUGUAGCCAAGUAUCUGACAAAAUGGUUCAACGAGAAAAGUGAUCAGUUGCCUAAGAGCUACAAAGAAAAAGAAGCCUUCAGACAACUGAUUCGGCAAGGUAUCUUAAAGAAUGAAAAUGGGACCCCAGAAGAUGAGGAAAAUUUUGAAGAAGCUAUAAAAAAUGUGAACACAGCAUUAAAUACUACAGAGAUACCAAGAUGCAUUGAAGAGAUUUUUAAUGAUGAUUGCUGCAUAAAUCUCACAGAGCAGUCGCCCUCUUUCUGGAUUUUGGCUCGAGCUGUAAAGGAAUUCGUGGCAAACGAGGGCCAAGGGAGCUUGCCUGUCCGGGGCACUAUUCCUGAUAUGAUAGCAGACUCCAGUAAAUUUAUCAAAUUGCAAAAUGUGUACCGUGAGAAGGCAAAGAAGGAUAUUGCUGCUGUGGGUAACCAUGCUGCUAAAUUGUUACAAUCCCUGGGCAAGGCACCCGAGUCUAUUUCAGAGAGAGAAUUAAAACUGCUUUGUAGCAACUCGGCCUUUCUCCGGGUGGUACGAUGUAGAUCUCUGUCUGAAGAAUAUGGCUUAAACACUUUUAACAAGGAUGAAAUCAUUUCCCAUAUGGAUAACCCAGACAGUGAGCUAGUGCUGUACUUGAUGCUGCGGGCUGUAGAUCGGUUUUAUAAGCAGCAUGGUAGAUAUCCAGGUGUCUAUAACUAUCAGGUAGAAGAUGACAUUGGAAAACUAAAAUCAUGCCUUACUGGUUUCUUACAAGAACAUGGGUUGUCUGUAGUGGUGAAAGAUGACUAUGUUCAUGAGUUCUGUCGAUAUGGAGCUGCUGAGCCGCAUGCUAUUGCUGCCUUCAUGGGAGGAGCUGCUGCACAGGAGGUCAUCAAAGUCAUUACAGGACAGUUUGUAAUUUUUAAUAACACCUAUAUUUACAGUGGAAUGUCGCAGACUUCAGCGACUUUCCAGGUGUAG